GUGGCUCCUGACUGCUAAACUGGUCGAGGUCCCAGCUGAGGUUAACCCCCAGGACAAGCGGGGGCGCCCCGCCCCCACUCUGGGCGCCCGACGUGGACGCGGCCGCCGCCGCCGCCGCGCGGGAGUCGCUGUCCGCGGAGCCGACAUGCAGGCGGCGGGGGGCGGCGCGGGGCGGCCGGGCCGCGCUGGCCGCCGGCCGGAGCGCGAGCGCGAGCGGCCACCGGGCGCCGGCGCCGCGUCCCCCUGCGCCGCCCCGGGCCGACGGGCCGGAGGAGCCGCCAUGCCCCCCGGGCCGCCGUGCACCUGGCCGCCCCGCGCCCGCGCCGCGCUCCGCCUGUGGCUGGGCUGCGUCUGCUUCGCGCUGGUGCAGGCGGACAGUCCCUCGGCCCCAGUGAAUGUCACUGUCAGGCACCUCAAGGCCAACUCUGCGGUGGUGAGCUGGGAUGUGCUGGAAGAUGAGGUUGUCAUUGGAUUUGCCAUCUCUCAGCAGAAGAAGGACGUGCGGAUGCUCCGCUUCAUCCAGGAGGUGAACACCACCACCCGCUCCUGUGCCCUGUGGGACCUGGAGGAGGACACUGAGUACAUCGUGCACGUGCAGGCCAUCUCCAUCCAGGGCCAGAGCCCGGCCAGUGAGCCAGUGCUCUUCAAGACCCCACGCGAGGCCGAGAAGAUGGCCGCCAAGAACAAAGAUGAGGUGACCAUGAAGGAGAUGGGGAGAAGCCAGCAGCUGCGGACGGGCGAGGUGCUCAUCAUCGUGGUGGUCCUGUUCAUGUGGGCUGGCGUCAUCGCCCUCUUCUGCCGCCAGUAUGACAUUAUCAAGGACAAUGAACCCAAUAACAACAAGGAAAAAACCAAGAGCACGUCAGAAACCAGCACACCGGAGCACCAGGGUGGGGGGCUUCUCCGCAGCAAGUUUCCAAACAAGCCCUCGGUGAACAUCAUUGAAGUGUGACUGCUUGUCUGCAAGGAGAAGGAUUUCAUUUUUCUUCUCUGCUGGUCCCCUGGUCCACAGGCACAGGGAGAGGGAGGACUGCAGCAGCAGGAGGAGGCACAGCCAGCUGCACAAUUCUCCCUUUUCCAGUCCUAGUCUGGUGAAGGAGGCUGAACUAAAAACCCAAAUUCUGCAAAAAAUAAACAAGUAAGCCACAAAAACUAAAAGGCCUGGCCCCAUUCGGAAAUGGCAAAGCUGCACAAGACAGAGCCUUCUGCCUCUUCGCCUCUCCUGGACUGGCUUCCUCUUUGAGAAAAUGCACAAAGCUCCUAGGAAUGACAAGCACCUAGACUGACUCAAGCUGUGUCUUCAAGACCAAGGAACAUUAGGGAAGCCGUGGGGUGCCUGCCUUGCAGGGUCAUGGCUGCCAUUAUUAUUGCCUUUUCUGGAUCCAGCCAUAAAGGACUUGUCUGCAAUGUGAUGCACACCUUGGCAAGUGUAAGAUGUUGUAUCUUUUGUCUCUUUUGGAAAACAAAAUAGGAGGUUUCACUCCAGAGGACAGAGGGAUUCCCCUAAGGACUGAGCUAGUUGCCUGUAUCCUCUAUUUUCCUUGGCCUUUAUUUUAAGAUCAUCAGGCUGAGGUCUUAAAAAGACAAAGUAGGAAGGAGAACUGGGAGAUACUGGCCCCAUUUCUUUAGGAAACGUCUCUUGGAGCUUCAGCAAUGCUGGCUUGGACAAAUGAAAAGGCACGUCCUCGUCCAGUAUCCUGGGAGCUGCUAGACCACCCUUCUGGAGAAGCUGCUGGAAGGCAGGCCUGAGCCAUUCGCCACCAACAAGCAGAGCAGCCCUGGCUAUCACCACUGGCCUGUGGGGUCUCCAUGUCUUGCCAUCUCAUCCAGGGUUCUGUGGAAGCUGUCUACAGUCCUCAUGUCCUUCCCUAGAGCCUAGUGGUGUGAGGUAACAGGUCUCUCUCUCUCUCCACUGCCCUUUUCUGGUUAAACAAAAAAAUGGUGCUUGAGAAGGCAGACUCUUCCCUAGGACUGAUGAGUUACAGCUACCAAAUGCCUCCAUGGGAAGAGUCAGACCUCUGCAUCCUUCCAUUGGUGGACAAGGAUGGGAAUGUGAGCUCCUAGCACAAACCUGGCACACAGUAGGCACUCACUAUUUGUUGAACUGAAUAGCAAAGAGCAAUGUCUCCCAAGCCAGAGAGCUGAAAGCCAUCACUAAUGACCGCCCCGUCCUUCCGGUCCACAGAGCUCUCAUGGCUGGGUCAGCCACCACUCUUUGCCCGAGUGUGGCAGCACAGAGAGGGAGGAGAGACAGGGUAAAGAGCAGAUGUCAGCAAUACUAAGGGCUUCCUCAUAGAGGGCAUGAGGCUCCACUUCAUUGUCUUGUGACUUCCAUCCCUGCUGAAUGGGGCUGCAAGGCCAAGGCUCCUUAGGGGAGAGGUCUAUACUUCUGAUUCAGUUAGAGCAAUAACCACUUUUUAAAUGUAAAAUAAAAAGACAAAUGAAAAGG